UUCUCUCUUUCCCUUUGUAUCGUCUUCCAUCUUACGGAGAAAGAUGAGCUGACUCUCUCUUCUUAAACGGCGUAACGGACAUCCAAAAGCGCCGUCACGGACUACCAAAAUCCUUAGACCACAUGCUUUUCAUACAUAAACCUCUAAGUCUAUGUUAAUGGCUUUGGAGCAGCAAUUAUCACUGGGUCCGAAUCCCAACCUCGUUGACGGCCAAACAGACAGAACGAGUAACGGCGUCGAUGUCCGGCCGCCGUCCGUCGACGGCGGAGAGGAUGGCGUUAAAGCGCCGAGGCUGCCUCGUUGGACGAGACAAGAGAUUCUGGUGCUCAUACACGGGAAGAGGGACGCGGAGAACCAAAUUCGAGGGAGUCGCAGUGCGGGAUUGCCUUUUGGGACGGGUCAACUGGAGCCGAAAUGGGCUUCGGUCUCAUCGUACUGCAAAAAGCAUGGAGUGAACAGAGGACCGGUUCAGUGCCGGAAAAGGUGGAGCAAUUUGGCUGGAGACUAUAAGAAGAUCAAGGAAUGGGAAUCUCAGAUAAGGGACGAUUCAGAAUCGUUUUGGGUGAUGAGAAACGAUUUAAGGAGAGAGAGGAAAUUGCCGGGAUAUUUCGAUAAAGAGGUCUAUGACAUUCUCGAUUCGGGAUCGCAGGCGCCGGCGUUAGCUUUAGCUCUGGCACCGGCUCCUGCGACAGGAACUGCUCCGGUGGAAAAGGGGAAAGACAGCAAGGGAGUGGCGGCGGAGGAAGCCCAGGCUGAUACGGAGCCACACUUGUACGAUAGUCGGAGCGCCGCCGGAGAGGAUGGCUUAUUCUCGGAUUUCGAACAGGAAGAGGCAGGAGUGAGUCCAAAAAAGGAAGCACCGAGGAAGGAUGUCUCACCUCAUUCGACGCCUGUUCCUGCACCUAUUCCCAUCUCAGAGAAGCAAUAUCAACCACUUCUGCGUGGCUGUCAAGUUGAAGGAAAUGCUCAAGGUGUGAGCAAUGACAAACAACAGCGAGGCUCAAAUCCAGAAUUGGGUUCUACAUCUCAAGGAGGACGGAAGAGGAAGCGGUUGCCAACGAUGGACGAGGAGGAAGAAAUUCUGCAAAAUCAAUUGAUCGAUGUAUUGGAAAGAAACGGGAAGAUGCUAAGUGCCCAGCUCGAAGCUCAGAACGUAAAUUUCCAGUUGGAUAGGGAGCAGAGGAAAGACCAUGCUAGUCACUUAGUAGCUGUUCUUGAUAAGCUUGCAGAUGCUCUAGGCAGAAUAGCUGAUAAAUUAUAGUGCAGCAGCAAAGAGAGCCAACAUGAGUGAGUUCAGUUCAGAAUAUAGUGUACAUAACAGUUGGGUCUUAUAUAGUCUAUAGAUAUUUUAGACAGUAGUGAUCCCUGCCAUUCACCUAUUCAACAAAGAUGAUUGUCACAUCUGUUUCUCGGUUUGAUUUCCUUUCCGGAUUUGCCGCUUCUGUGGUUGUUACUGCCGCUUCCAUUUGCAAGUUGCGGCCUUUAUCUAAUUUUCUUCUUCCUGUUUAAUGUACAUUCAGAUUAUAUAUGAUUUUCAUUUACUGGUUGGAAGUUUAUGUCUCAA